AACAAGAAAUAAUAUUUAAAUAACGCCAUUGUCACUAUAUGUUAUUGUCAACAAUGUCAACUUACGUAAGAGAACUACCAUUAUAGAUAUUAAGAGUAUGAUGUGCAUUUGUUUCCUAGUUGAUAAAACUAAUUAUUUACAAGCAUAAGCGCGUGGAAACAUAUCUUAAAGUUGGUGGGUCGUAUUCGUAUGUUCGUAUGUAUCUGCAUUUCAGUAUUUCAAAUCCUUUUACGACGUUCUAUGGGAAUAUAUCCAGGAAUUUGCUCAUCUUCUAGUUUAUUAUUUCGAAAAACUUUCUUUUAUAGUAAGAUAUUAGUGUAAAAGACAGUUUUAAUAUAUUUGUCAGAAUUGUGAUUUAAUAAAAUUAAUAUGGAUAAUAGCGAGGUAGAUUUGUCUUCACAAAGUGACUCUGUAUUAAGUACUGCUUCAAAUACAAAAUAUUGUGAUGAGAUAUCACCGAAAGAGCAGUUUUUACUGCAAAUUUUGCGCAGAGGAAUGUUGGAAACAUAUGAAGAGAACACAGCGUUCGGAAAGGAACUAAUGUUGUUACUGAGUAAAUUAAAUUUGGAACCACAAACUUUGCCAAAUGAUAUCAAAGAAGGAUUGCAAAAAAUAGCUUUAAUAUUAAAACAUGAGAAAUUAUCUGAUAUUGAUGAUGUUACAUUAAGUAUAAUAAGUGAAAGAAAGAAAAUAGAAGAGAAGAAAAGGAUACAUGAAGAGAAACAUUUGGCCCUAUUGUACGAUGAUCUUUUUAGAAAAUAUUCUGGUUUCUCGAAGAAGCUUGAUCAGUUACAGGAAGCUGCUAGCUCUCUUGAAUGUUUCAUUCAGAAUUCUCAAGAAGAGCAAAAUGAUAUUUAUUAUAAUCGUGCUACUAUGAGUGCAAGAUUAAAAGAAUAUCAACAAACUACAGAAAAAUUAGAAAGGGAUAUUACAAAUAUGCAAAUUGAUGAUCUUUACCCUAAAGAGAUAUUAAACAAAUAUCACAGUUAUUUGGAAAUGUCAGGUGAAUUAGCUGAACUUAAUCAAUGGCUUAGUCAAUAUGGGAAUUUGCCACCAAAUUUGCUGCAAGCUAAAGCUUUAGUCGAAAUUAAACGAAAGGAGUAUGAAGCUUUGGAAAAGGAUUUUUUGAAGAAAACCAAUCUUGAACAAUAAUUAUUCUAAGUUU